UCCUUUCUGAGUGUUUCAGGUCACACACACUCUUCUGCUUUGCACAGGAAAAGUUGUAUCACUGUAAUUAGAGUAAGACUAAAGAUGGCUCUGAGCAGUGCACUCAUAAUCAUUUUUACAUUUAAUGAACUCGUUGCUUUGGAUGCUGUUGAGUGCGGUAAAGGUAUGAAGGUAUCUAAUGGAGGAUGUGAACCUUGCUCUGAUGAUUAUUACAAUGAUCAAAUCAAUCGUACUCCAAGUUGCAAACCAUGUAAACAUUGUCUUUCAGGGGGUUUUGUUGAGGAACGGUGUACCAAAGUGACAGACACAAAAUGCCAAUGCUAUCCGGGAUAUGCUCUUGACAGGGAAAAUUUCUGUGUGGAGUGUGCGGAUGGAUAUUUCAGCCUUGGAUAUGGUGUACCUUGUAAAAAAUGGACAGACUGUAAAGCCGCAGGAGAGAAAGUUCGUGGAACCAAAACCUCGGAUGCCAUCUGUAAUGAGCAAAUGGAGAGUAAUGUGAUCACAAUAGCGUCCACUACAAACCGGAGUGUUCCCAUCACACGCUUAACAACCCACCGUCCACAUGAGGGGGCUCAAACACAGAUGACGCAUUCUACCACCAGUACAACUCCUCAGGCCAAUGACAGGGGGCGAGCACAGCCCCCUAAUCAAAUAAACACUGGAAACUACUUUGGUCAAGCCCUCCUCAUUUUUGGAAUUGCUAUGCUGGUUGUACUCACCCUUGUGACCUGCAAGCUGACUGUCCACCCUCAUUUGAAGAGAGGACCAACAUCACCCUUGAAUGACUCGUGCCGACCGCCAGUUGAAGAAAGUGGUGAUAGCAGCGAGUCUUUUACUAUAAAGUUAAAUCCAGAGCCCUGAGGUGACGCUUUUCAUUACACUAACCUGUCACCUUAAAAUGUGAAUUUUCAGAUCAGAUAAUCAGCAUUUGAAUAAUUUGAAAUAGCUAAAACAUUGUAGACAUACAUAAGACAACUAUCUGUAUUGUAACAGGUCUGUUCUCAAGCUGCAGUUUGGUUGAUAUUUGACCUCUUUGUUCUGUUGUAAAACAAUAUAGAGUGAAAAAAUAUGUAUGUAUCAUACUUAACAUCCUUUUUAAACUAUUAUGUUCUUUAAUAACAUUAAUAUUGAUUAUAAUGUUAUCUUUUUUUCUAACAAUAUCUAUCAGCAUAAACAUCAUAUUUAUUUCAAAUGUUGAAUAGCACAUUUAUGUAUAACUGUAGAUUCUUCUAGUCUGUUAUUAUGGUUAAUGGAACUUGUUUGCCCAGAUUUUAUAAGCCCUCUGACACUGUAUAUAAUACACUUUAUUUGGGCCUAUGACAAGUCUGAGAAAUUCACAAUAUGAAGAAAAUACCACUGAUGCAGCUGCUGAAAAGCCAUUUGACUUUCUUCAUACUAUUUUUUCAGCCUGUUUCUGUUGUUCUUUGCUCCACUGGUAGCAGGUUUAUUCAACAGAGAACGAGACAAAGAAAAAAAAACAAAAAAAAACGUUCUGUGGUAUGAGGGGUUGGGGGAGUUCCCAUGUGGAGGUUAAGGUGCCUCUCGCUUUCCUACUGAAAAAUGCCUCCUCUUGUGUUUUCGUAAUCUAGCCAAUGGAAAGAUUGAUUCUAUAAAUGUGAAGCCUUUGAUGUUGUUUACAUCUUACUGGAGUUAUUUCUCAGUUAAGGACAGUCAGAGGAGUUAUGAAAGCAUCCCCUUGCUACUUCUCUUCAUUUACAUCUCACUAAGAAACCAGACACACAGUCAUGUGUAGUUUUAUUCUUUGUGAGCUGUAGGAUCUACCUUGAAAAAGUUGUAGGCUAUUGAUUCCUUCCUGUAAAUGGUGUUUUUAUUCAAAUGAAGUAUUUAUGUAAAAUGUGUUCAGUUUUGUUUUUCCUUGAGAUAUUCAAGUUACUUAAGUUUGAUGUUAGCAAUAAAAUGUUUACUUUUUCAUAUGCUUUUAGUGCAAUAAAAAAAUAAAUAAAAGGGAUGAGCAAAUAAAGACAUGGUGGUGGUUUAACAUUGUUGCCCCAGAGAAAGAUGGUUUUUGGUUUGAAUUGGGUUUGAGUCUUUCUCUGUGGAAUUUACAUGUUUUCCCAUGCAUAAUUAGCUUAUCCUUGGUUACUCCAUCUUACUCCAACAGUCCAAAAACAUAUGUUACAUUAACUAGUGUCUAGGAGUGAGUGUUAGUGUGGGUGUUAGUUUGUCUCUCUGUGUUGGCCCAGUGAAGGACUGGUGACCUGUCCAGGGUCCACCCUGCUCCUCCUUGAUAGCACCUGGGAUAGGUCCAGCACCCCAGCGAACCUGCACUGGAAUGAGCAGGAUAAACUAACAAACAAUGCAAAAAGCCCCUGCAGUAACUGUCUGUAAAUGUUAGUAAUCCAGGAAGUUGGUGUCAGGUUUCAAAGAAAUAGUCAUAUACAUGUGAAGCACACCACACCCUGACUAAGUUUUGUAGAAACUCAUUGAACAUGCAGAUGUCAUCACCUCAUGUUAAACCACAUGCAUCUACUAUUUUUCAGUGGUUCUUCUUUGUUGGUCUUGGUCUUCUUAACGUGUUGAUUUAUAUGAUCAGUUUUUAUGCUUAUGUCUAAAAUGAACAUUACCCCAUCAACAUUUAUGAAAUGUACCCAGUUGAUUUUGCUCUGCAUUUCUGUAAUAAAGUGACUCCCAGUA